GACUUCAUGUGAACAAAUGGCAAAUGCUGAAGUAAGCAUUCCUGUAGGAGAUGUGGUUGUUGUGCCAACUGAAGGAACAGAGGGGGGAAACCCUGAAGAUACUAAAACCCAAGUUAUAUUACAACUACAGCCAGUGCAACAAGGCAGGAUUUAUCAAGAGACCUCUGAAACUAAUGCGGCUGUGAUGGCUGUAGAAACGCAUACCAUACACAAACUUGAAGAUGGCAUCGAUGCCAGUGCCCUUGAAAGCAAUGAGGAAAUUGAGAUUGCCUACCCCAUUACCUGUGGAGAUAGCAAGGCCAUGUUGCUCUGGAAAAAGUUCGUGUGUCCAGGAAUCAAUGUCAAAUGUGUUAAGUUCAAUGACCAGCUUAUCAGUCCCAAGCACUUUGUUCACCUGGCUGGCAAGUCCACCCUGAAGGACUGGAAGCGAGCCAUCCGCCUAGGAGGAAUCAUGUUGAGAAAGAUGAUGGACUCUGGACAAAUUGACUUCUAUCAGCAUGACAAAGUGUGCACCAACACCUGCCGAAGCACCAAGUUUGACCUCCUCUUCAGCAGUGCCAGGGCCCCAGUACCAGGGCAACCAAGCCUGGUACAGACUCCCACUUCUGCUGAUGGAAGCAUCACACAAAUUGCAGUAUCUGAGGAAAGUGUAGAAGAAGGGAUUGAAUGGAAUUCUGCUAUGACAGCAGCGGUCACUAUGGCAACCGAUGAGGGAAUCAAGAAAGAUCCAGAGGAGAUUUCAGAGGACAUGCUGAUGUUCUGGAAAGGCAUUGCGGAUGUGGGCUUAAUGGAAGAAGUGGUGUGUAAUAUUCAGAAGGAGAUAGAGGAGGUGCUAAGAGGGGUGCAGCAAAGGCUUGCCCAAUCCCCUUUCCAGAUUACCGAUGCUGCUGUUUUAAAUAAUGUCGCUCAUACAUUUGGUCUGAUGGACACAGUGAAAAGAGUGCUGGAUAACAGGAAGAGUCAAACAGAUCAGGGAGAGGAGCAAUUUCUUAACACUCUUGCAGCACUAGAUCGCCAACUAGAAGAGCAGAAGAAGCUUGCCAGGAACCCAUCCAUUCAGAAUGUGGUCCUGAUGCCAGUCAACACUCCAAAGCCUCCCAAAAGGCCCCGGUUAAAACGUCCAGCUUCAGCCACAGUUCUAAGCCCAUCGGCUCCCAUCCAGCAACCUCAAUUCACCGUCAUCUCACCUAUCACCAUCGCACCCAUGGGACAGCAGUUUUCUGUUAGCAACAUUCCAAUGGCCACGAUCAGCCAGGGCUCCAGCCCAGUGACUGUCCACACAUUGCCCUCAGGUUCCCAGCUUUUCCGCUAUGCCACGGUGGUUUCUUCCUCCAAAACCAGCUCAUCCGAUACAGUGACACUUCACCCCUCCUCAAGCUUAGCCCUGCUGAGCUCGGCAGCGAUGCAGGACAGUGGGACUCUUGCUAAUGUGGCCACCAUGAUGAAUCCUGUGGAACUGGUGGCCAUGGAGUCUGGCCUGACUUCUAGUAUUCAGGCUAUUGAAGGCACUUCAGAGGAUGGACAGACAAUCAUAGAAAUAGACCCAGCACCUGAUCCAGAAGCUGAUCCUGAAGAAUCAGCGGGGAAAGCUGUGAUUUUGGGGACAGAGUUGAGGACUGAGGAGAAGGUGGUGGCUGAGGUUGAUGAACAUCAGCACCAGGUCCAUAAUGUAGAGAUUGUAGUCUUGGAGGACUAGUCAGCAAGCCAUCCUGCCAUGCUAAAUGAUUGUUCACAUCUUACCUUUUUAUUUGUUUGAUCCCCUUUUCAGGUAAGUUCACACAAAUGCUGAUGAUCAUUUUUAAGCAGUCAUUUUCUUCAGGGGGAAAGAGCAGGCAGGCUGUGCUUUCCAGUAUGGAUGAUGGUUUGUGGGAAUAGGGAGAGUCAGAAUUUUACCUGCCUAGUGAAAGGGGAAACAAGCCAUUGCUGUUAUCACUCAGUGAGGAGGGAUGGCAGUCCGUAAACCCAGAUUUGAAGUGACCCUUCUUGGAUUGUUUGUCUCAGAAACAAAGUGGAAAUAACUACUGGAUUAGAAUGACCUUAAAGCAAGAGCUUCCGUCUGGAUCUUUAGCUAUUCUUCACCCUAGGAAGGGAGAUCCCAUGUCAGUUUCUGACUUUCUAAGCAUUUUGCAUUUUGGAAGUGGACGAAAAACAAAGCACCUGAUUUGAUCGAUCAGGUCACCGACCGUCUUUGGAAUGUAUUGUUGU